AUGGAGUCAUAAAAAUAUACUUCUCCAUAUGCAAAAUUGUAAUCAAUUAUUUUAAAUUUAGAUGGGAAUAGAAAGAUUGGAGAGAAGUACUCAAAUAGGAGAUCAAGACAAAUGAUCCUAAUGCAAAAAUAACAAAUAAGGCUAUUAUUGAAUAAUACUUUAAAAGAUAUAUGAUGCUUCAACCUACUGAUAAGUCGAAUCUUAUUGUCAAUCAUCCUGCAUUAUUGCAAGUAUAUCCUUAUUCUAAGAAGGUGGACAAAGAAAAAAUAGACAAAGUGACUAAUGAUACAAUGAUGAGUUUAGUUAAUGCUACAUCUGGCUGUACAGUAGCUUCAUUGCUAUUCUAUAAAAUACUAUUGAGCAAAAGAAGAAUCUUCUAUGACUUUUAUCGAAAGGGUCGACUCUCAUUUGUGAAAAAACCAAUAUCUGUAUUCCUUUUAUUUAUGACUUGGGGUGCUGGCUUAUCCUAUGGUUAUAAACAAACAAUUCCAUUUGAAUUAUUCAAACAAGGGAUGUAUAAAAAAUAUCUGAUAGAGUAUGAUAAAGUAUAUUUAUGA